AAUGCUCUAUGGCUCUGUGUUUAUUCGACUUUGUUCGCAGUCCAGCCAGUUUGCAUUUCGCCACUGCCACAGCCUAAUUGCAUGGUUCGCUUUGUUUAUGCAUUGGGCUCUACUUCAUUCAUUUUCUCUCUCGCAUAUUGCGAAUGGGUAACGCAGCCAAAUGCGAUUAAUGCACAUAUCGAUUUAUCGAAUCACUAAGCAAUGCAGAUUGUUGCGUCUGCUACUGAUAAUUGGCAUAUAUUGCAGCUCAGAGGUAAUGCGUCAACGUCUGACCAUUUUUGCUGAGCCGGGACGCGUGGAGUGUUAUCAUCAAGCUGUGGCUGCCACCGAGCAGCUGCAGAUCGACUAUAAAGUCAUUCAUGGCGGCCAGGGCGAGGCGCACAUCAAUUUCAACAUCAUGGAUCCCUCACGCUCGCUAAUGAUCGUUGAGCUUAAGCAGAGCGAGAACAAGCACCUGCUGAUUGCCCAGCAGACUGGCAUCUAUAAGAUUUGCUUUGACAACACCAUCAGCAGCUUUAAUCGCAAGAUUGUCACCUUCACUCUGGAGGUGCAGGCUGCGAAUCAUGCCGAGCUCGAGCGCCAGCAGCUGCUCCAGGAAAUGUCCACAGAUUAUCACUUCGAGCGCUCCUACACGCAUAUGCAUGACAACAUCGACAAGAUCAGUGUCAACAUGAUGCGCUCGCGUCAGUUUCAAGACCACAUCAGAACUCAUGAGGCCAAGGAUCGCAUGCUGGCCGAAUCGAGUUUGGCCCUAGUCAACUACUGGUCCGCAGCUCAGCUGGCGGCCAUGAUUAUUGUCGGCUUGUUGCAAGUCUUUAUGCUGCGCAGCAUAUUCAAUACCAACGGCAGAUUCUACAUGUUCUGGAGGAAUUUUUGAUGGGGCAAUGCGAAGCAAAAUUAAAUUCAAAUUGAUUAGCAGCCAUUUUUAAUUAU